GUAUGGCGGUGGUGGUGAUGGAGACGGUGGUGGAGGAGAUUUGUAGUAGUAUGGGGGAGGAGGAGACGGUGAUGGUGGUGGAGGAGAUUUGUAGUGGUAAGGAGGAGGCGGUGAAGGCGACGGUGGUGGGGGAGAUUUGUAGUAGUACGGUGGUGGUGGGGAUGGGGACGGUGGUGGAGGUGAUUUGUAGACAUAAGGCGGAGGAGGCGACGGUGAGGGAGGUGGCGGCGAUUUGUAGUAGUAUGGAGGCGGUGGUGAUGGCGACGGUGGCGGAGGAGACUUGUAGUAGUAAGGCUUGGGAGGAGAUGGCGACGGUGGUGGUGGCGACUUAUAGUAGUACGUCGGUGCAGGUGCUUUCUUAGGCGGCGGCGGUGGCGACUUGUAGUAGUAAGGAGGAGGCGGUGACGGCGACGGCGGAGGAGGUGACUUGUAGUAGUAAGGCUUGGGA